GACUUCCACAUAACUUGAUGGAGUUGAACGUCACCGAUGCUGCUUGAGCCCCUGGCAUACGAGCUACUGCGUCCCGAGUAGAAAGACUAAGCUAGCUAGCGGUGUACAGCUAGCAAACAUCCCCUCUCCUUAGAAGGAGCACCGUCCUUGGACAUAAGUACAUCAAAGCGAAGGAGAACCCUGUCUGUGAUACAAUGAAGAGGCGGAUACACUCUGGUUCUGUGCUGGUUUAUUCGCUAGUCUCGUAUUUCUGUUCGUGCUCUGCGUUUUAUCUUCCGGGUUUAGCCCCUGUGAGUUUUUGUGAAAAAGACAAAGGCGGUGAAGAUUGCCAGACAGUCAUUCAGCUGUUUGUUAAUCGCUUGGACUCAGUGGAGUCGGUCCUGCCUUAUGAGUAUGAUGUGUUUGAUUUCUGCAAAGAUGACAAGGAAAUGAGGCCUUCUGAGAACCUUGGACAGGUGCUGUUUGGUGAACGAAUUGAGUCUUCACCAUACAAGGUCAGCUUCAAAGAAGAUGUGAAAUGCAAGAAGGUGUGCACCAAAGCCUACAAGAAAGACAAGGAGAAUGCAGCCAAGCUGGAUUUUCUUAAGAUGGGAAUGCAGCUGAACUACCAGCACCACUGGAUCAUUGACAACAUGCCGGUGACUUGGUGCUAUGAUGUGGAAGAUGGUCAGAAGUACUGCAACCCAGGCUUCCCCAUUGGCUGCCUUGUUACCUUAGAUGGCCGAGCUAAAGAUGCUUGUGUUAUCAAUUCCGAGUUCAACAAGAAGAACACGUUUUACGUCUUCAACCAUGUAGACAUCAAGAUCACUUACCACAGUGGAGCACAAGAAGGAUGGAGAGGGGCUCGGCUGGUCACUGCCACUCUGGAGCCAAAGAGUAUCAAACAAGCUGAUGAAAAUAACCCAAGUUGUGAAGGUGGCAGCCCAAUGGAGGUCCCUGGGGUGUUUGAAAAUGAUGUGUCAAUAGUUUACACCUACUCUGUCACAUUUGAGGAAAACAAUUCUAUCAAAUGGGCCUCUAGGUGGGAUUACAUCCUGGUCUCCAUGCCUCACACCAACAUCCAAUGGUUUAGCAUCAUGAACUCCUUGGUCAUUGCUUUCCUGUCUGGCAUGGUCGCCAUGAUCAUGCUGAGAACCCUGCACAAGGACAUUGCCAGAUACAACCAGGUGGACCAGGAGGACGCGCAAGAGGAGUCGGGGUGGAAGCAGGUGCACGGUGAUGUGUUCCGACCCCCCAGGAAAGGCAUGUUGUUGUCUGUGUUCCUUGGACAGGGCACACAGAUCUUCAUCAUGACCUUCAUCACUCUCUUCCUGGCCUGCCUUGGUUUCCUGUCACCCGCGAACAGAGGGGCGCUCAUGACAUGUUCUGUGGUCCUCUGGGUUCUGCUUGGCACGCCCGCUGGAUACGUGUCUGCACGCCUUUACAAAACUUUUGGAGGUGAAAAGUGGAAGACGAAUGUCUUGCUGACAGCGCUCUUGUGCCCAGGCAUUGUGUUUGCAGACUUCUUCCUGAUGAACCUGAUCCUUUGGGUGGAGGGCUCCUCAGCAGCAAUCCCCUUUGGCACUCUGGUGGCCAUUUUGGCUCUGUGGUUUGGAAUCUCUGUGCCUCUGACCUUCAUUGGUGCCUACUUUGGAUUCAAGAAACCUGCAAUUGAGCAACCAGUGCGAACAAACCAAAUCCCCCGCCAAAUUCCAGAGCAGUCAUUCUUUACAAAGCCUAUUCCGGGUAUAGUAAUGGGGGGCAUCCUGCCCUUUGGCUGCAUCUUCAUCCAACUUUUCUUCAUUCUCAACAGCAUUUGGUCUCAUCAGAUGUACUACAUGUUCGGGUUCCUGUUCCUGGUUUUCAUUAUUCUACUCAUCACAUGCUCUGAGGCCACAAUUCUGCUUUGCUACUUCCACCUAUGUGCUGAGGACUACCACUGGUGGUGGCGUUCCUUCCUGACCAGCGGCUUCACUGCAGUCUAUCUGUUUGUCUACGCUGUGCAUUACUUCUUCUCGAAGCUGCAAAUAGUUGGAGCUGCGAGCACCAUCCUCUACUUUGGAUACACUUUGAUUAUGGUCCUCAUCUUCUUCCUCUUCACAGGUACAAUUGGCUUCUUCGCCUGCUUCUGGUUUGUAAAUAAGAUCUACAGUGUGGUCAAGGUGGACUAGAGGACUGAGGGAAUGACUGACUCCUCCUGUCGCAGUGCUGGCCUCCUCCGUGCUGGCUGGGUGAUAAGUGGUCUGAAUGGCCCUGAACUGAAACCAUCACUUGUCAGACCCUUAAAAAGACCCGAAGAGCAGAGUGUGCUUUAAACCUAUGUUGCGAUUGUUUUUUCUUUUCUUUUUUUUAAUAUAUAUAUAAUAUAUAUAUAUAUAUAUAAUAUAUAUAUAUAUAUAUAUAUAUAUAUAUAUAUAUAUAUAUAUAUAAAUAAAAAUUGUUGUCUUCACUGUUGACCAGUAAUAUUUUGAGUGGCACCUUGAAAAUCAGUGUGGGUUCCAAUGAUCUAUCUGUCAUAGUGAGCAUUUGUUUGGAUGGGUUUAACAAGAAAAGCAGAAAUGUUUUUAUUUUAAUUUUCUAAAGAAAGUAAAAUGUUCGGUAUUUUUGCUUUUCUAUUCCCUUUGGCUAAAGGUUUUCUUUUUUCAUUACUUGUAACGUAAUGAUGAAAUGUGUGUACAUAUAUUGUAUAGAAAGAGUGACCGAGAGAAUGCUACUUAAAGACUGUCAUCUGUAGGAGUUUCUUUUCUUUUCUUUUCUUUUGUAAGGUGAAGAUGGGGCUAUACAUCCUUAAAUAUCAGCCUGUAAUGUAGUUCAGAAAUUCUAUAUAAAACACUGACAUUACUAUGACA